AUGUUAAGGUUAACUGCACGUUCAGUUAUAAGAUCAAGGAGCUUAUACUCGUUGAAAUAUUGCACAUUAACAUCAACCAAACUCAUAAAACCCAUAUCACAGAUAACCAAAAGAAGUAUUUCACAACUAUCGACUAUAAAAACUCCUCCAAAUUUACAAAAUGAAUCAAUAAAAGAAUUUGGAUUCAAUGACAUUAAAGAUUGGGAUUUACUAAAAGCAUCAAUCACAAAAUUCAAAGAUAAUGAGCCAUUGGAUAUUCCUUUAGUUAUUAAUGGUGAAAAAAUAUAUAAGGAUGAUAUCAAGCCUCAAUUAAACCCUGCAAAUCAUUCUGAAAACUUGGCAAAUGUGUCUCAAGCUUCACCUAAAGAUGUUCACAAAGCAAUUAUAGCGGCAAAAGAAGCUAAAUCAAGUUGGGCUCAAACUCCAUGGGUUGAUAGAGCUGCUAUCUUUUUAAAAGCUGCUGAUUUAAUAUCAACGAAGUAUAGGUAUGAUAUGUUAGCUGCUACAAUUUUGGGACAAGGUAAAAAUGUAUAUCAAGCAGAAAUUGAUUGUAUUGCUGAAUUGAUUGAUUUUUUCAAAUUUAACGUCAAAUAUGCUGAGGAAUUGUAUGGUCAGCAACCAUUACAAACCUCCCCUGGUGUUUGGAACAGAGCUGAAUAUAGACCAUUGGAAGGGUUUGUAUAUGCUGUUACUCCUUUUAACUUCACUGCUAUUGCUGCGAAUUUAGUAGGAGCACCAGCAUUAAUGGGUAACACAGUUGUUUGGAAACCUUCAGCUACUGCUGCGUUAUCGAAUUACUUGUUAUUGACUAUAUUAGAAGAAGCUGGAUUACCAAAAGGUGUAAUUAAUUUCAUUCCAGGUGAUCCAGUCGAAGUUACUGAUAUCGUAUUAAAUGAUAAAGACUUUUCAAGUUUACACUUCACUGGAUCUACGGACGUAUUCAAAAAAUUAUACAAACAAAUAAGUGAUAACGUUUCAAAUGAUACAUAUAAAGAUUUUCCAAGAAUUGUUGGUGAAACUGGUGGAAAAAAUUUCCAUUUAAUUCAUAACUCAGCAAAUUUAAAACAUGCAGUAUUAUCUUCAUUAAGAGGAGCAUUUGAAUAUCAAGGUCAAAAAUGUUCUGCUACCUCAAGAUUAUACGUUCCGGAAUCAUUAUGGCCUGAAUUUUCUGAAAAAUUAAGUUCUCAAAUAUUAAAUAUAAGCGUUGGAAAUACUUCUGAGUCUCAAUCAAUAAAUUCUUUUAUGGGACCAGUCAUUCAUGAACAAUCUUUCAACAAAUUAAAAAACGCAAUUGAUCAAGCUAAAUCUGAUCCAGAGUUGGAAAUUGUAAGUGGAGGUUCCUAUGAUUCAACAAAUGGAUAUUACGUUCAACCAACUUUAAUCAAAACGACAAAUCCAAAUCAUGAAUACUUAACAAAAGAGUUCUUUGGUCCAAUAUUAACUGCAUAUGUUUACCCAGAUUCUGAAUUUGAUUCGGUAUUGACUUCAUUAGAUUCCAUUACAAAGUAUGGAUUAACAGGUUCAAUUUUUGCGAAAGAUAGAUCAGUGAUAAGAAAAGUUGAAGAAGCAUUAAGAUAUUCAGCAGGGAAUUUCUAUAUUAAUGAUAAAUCGACUGGAGCUGUUGUUGGACAACAAUGGUUUGGUGGAGCCAGAGCAUCAGGAACAAAUGAUAAAGCUGGUAGUGGUAAUAUUUUAUCAAGAUUCGUUUCAAUCAGAAAUAUUAAAGAAAAUUUUUAUGAGUUAAACGAUUUCAGAUAUCCUUCUAAUAUUCAAUAG